AUGGCCACCUCUGAUAUAUACGGUAAAGUAGUUUUGGUGACCGGGAGUAGCUCUGGCAUCGGAGAGGUCACCGCCAAAGAGUUCUCCAGAUUAGGGGCUAGUGUUGUGAUCACCGGUAGGAAUGCCACAGAAAUUAGUCGCGUGGCUAAAGAGGUUCAACAACUAUCGCCGUAUAAACUAAAGGUAAUUAGAAAAUCACAAAAUAACUUAAAAAUACAAAUAAUUGUCAACAAAAAUGUGAAGCCUUUAGAAAUUGUGGCCGAUUUGGCGAAACCCGAAGACGUGAACCGAUUGGUCAACGAAACCAUCAAAACGUUUGGACAGUUAGAUGUAUUGGUCAAUAAUGCGGCCGUUUAUUUGGCCUCAGCCAUCGAUGAUAAAAAUUUGACCGAGGUGUUUGACCAGACUAUGGCGGUCAACCUACGGGCCCCCUUACAGCUCAUACAACUGGCCCAUCCCUACCUAAACGCCACCAAUGGCUCCGUUAUUAAUAUUGGUGCUAUCAGUAUGCCGAGUAUUGCCGUACGAUCAAUACCAAGCGGUGUGGCCAAAGUAGGUCUAGACUACUCGGUCAAAGUAUUAGCCGUGGCGAUGGGGCCCCGGGUUAGGAUCAACGCCGUUGAUCCCGGUCCUCUCGAUAACAUAAAAAAGGUAAUGAGUCCCGAAGAACUGGCAGCUCUGGUCAAACAAAUACCACUUCAAAGUCUGGGACAGCCUAUAGAUGUGGCCAAUGGGGUCGUGUAUUUGGCUUCAGAUGAGGCACGACCCCAGAGCUAG